AUGGAUCAAUUGAAAUCUCAAUUUCCAACAACAGUUGAAGAUAUUCAAUAUUAUAUUAAUUUAAUAAAAUCAAAAAUUCCAACAAAUUUUGAUGAAUUUCAUUCUCAUGUAAAUCAACAUUUUCAUCAAUUUCAAAAUUUAAAAUAUGAUUCUAUAUUAGAUGAUUUUAAAAAUUUAAGAAUUAAUCCAGUAACUAUUUCAUUAACUUUAAUUUCAUUAACUACUUUAUUUAUAUUUGGUAAAAUUUUUGGUUCAUCAACAACAUCUACAACCACAACAAAAUUAGAUGAUAAAAAUUCAACAACAACAACCAAAUCAACAAAAAAACCAAAGAAAAAAGUAAGUAAAGCUCAAAAGGCAAAUAAAGAAAUUCAAGAAAUUUUAGAUUAUGUUGAACUGGAAUAUGUACCAGAAAUUGAUAAUUAUAUAGAAAAUUAUAAAAAAUUAUCAAUUGAUGAAAUUGAUUCAAAAUUUAAAUUUUUUGAUGAAAUGUUAUUAAAAGAAUUAAUGAAAUUAGAUGGUAUAGAUGUUAAUGGGAAUGAAAUUUUAAGAGAAAAUAGAAAAAAAGUUAUUAAAUUUAUUCAAGAUCAUCAAAACAGAUUGGAUAGAUUUAAAAAAGAUAUAACAGUUAAAGCAACUACAACAACUAAUUGA